CAGUAAAGAUAUUUUAAUGAUAACUAGCCUGAACAUGCAAAAAUAGACUAAAACUAGUACUGAACUGAAAACGAUUUAUUUCAUAAAUAACAUAACUUAUUCAAAUACUAGUUAUAUUAAUACAACCAAAAUAAAUAGAAGUGAUAUCAUUUUUGGGGAAAGUUAUGCGUCGCUUAGCAACAACUUUUGCAACCAUUAUGUUUAUGCGGAAAACUAUCAAUCAAACACCAUGACAACUAGCCUACUGUCUCCGAACUGUAGUCCCUUUAAUUUAACACAGAAAAACACGUUUACCUUGUUGCCUAGCAACAUUUAACGUUGUUGACCUGUUUUGACGUAGUAAAGUUGAUUUUAAACUGUAGGCCCGAGUUAUUUAUGGCCUGAAAUGAAGCAGUCACUGUGUCAAUAAGGCCACCGUUGACCGAGGAAUGCGCUUCGUCAUCACAACUUUCCCCUGGGGGUAAAAGAAGAAGAAGGAGGUCUGGCAGGAAAGAAAGAGGAGUGGUGUUGUCCUCAGCAGGGACUUUCCUUUGGUUGCCCUCCGGAAAAAAACAGUUGAGUCACAGAGCACCGAGCCGGAGAUGUUUCCCGGUGUCGCCACGGAGGAGGUAUGCGGGCCUGUGCGCGGUGGUGCUCGGGCUGCGGUGGUCCUCCCAUCUGCUCGGGAAUACUUCUUGUUAUAAUCCCUCCUUUUAUCCUCGCACUCCAACUCAUGGUAGUCGGGCCACGGUUGCCUGCAGUCCCGGGGGAGGGGUUGGUGGAGCCGCAGGAGUUCGCCUUCUCGGUUAUCAGCAUUGAACCGGAGAGGAACCCACGUCAACGGGGAUCCCCGUCCCGGCGUCCGGGCAUGCAGGAGGAGGAGAUGGAGGUGGAAGAUGUAGAGAGAAGGGAAGGGGUACAGGCGUAUGAGGAUGAGAACGAGAUGCAUUCACGCCAGACGGGACCCAGAAAGCUGGAGCUGCAGGCGUGGGCAGCUGAUGAGCUGUCCUUCACUGCAGAGCUCAAUCGCGUUAUCACAUUCAUCACCAGGCCACAGCUGAGCUGCCCCAUAGUGUUGUCUCCAGGUGAGACUAAAGCAUCACAGCCCCCUGCAGAUCCCCCCCGUUGGCUGCUGUGUGCUGAGGACUGGCUCCUUCCAGCUGCAGAUACACCGUGUGUUGCAUACUCCUUUAGUAUGGAUGGAGGAGAUGCAGACUUUUUAAAGACUGUGGCAGGGCUUGGAUGUGAAGUACACAGUUUUGAUCCCAGCAACUCCAAUGCAUCUGGUGGUCACCUUGGCAACAGUUUGGUCAGUAGCCAUGGAAACAAAGGGGUGGUCCACCGGCACAAGAUGUGGCUGGAGUGGCGAGCUCCAAAGAGGCGCAAGCAGAAGACGAGAGGCAACCGAGGAGGUGUUUCUCAAACACUGGCAGACAUCAUGGCUGCACUGGGACAUCACACAGUUCACUUCCUUUAUGCUGACCUGCUGAGUGCUGAGUGGAGAGUUUUCCAGAACUGGAUUGAAUCAGAAACUCUGCAGAGUGUCCAUCACAUUGUUGCCACAGUGCACCUGCAAUGGGCAGGGUUUGAGGUGGGCGGGACAAAUGAGGAAGUGCUCCGCUAUUGGUUCAGUAUCCUACAGGGUCUCCAAGCUUCUGGACUGCAGCUGGUCCACAGUUCUGCAGGAGAGAGUGGCAGUGUGCUCAAAGAGACAGUUGAACAUGUUCACAGCUCUUACACGCUGAGCUGGGCCAACACAAGGCGAUGACACUCGCAUGAAUGAACACAGGUGCACACACAUGACCAGACAUUGUGGAUGGCCUCGAAGAAGAAGGAGAAGUUCAGUCUGAAAACUGUUUGGGGUGAUGCGCUUAUGACAAGGAACGUUUUCUAUAACAGUUCUUAACAUGAUGUGAUCUCCCUCUAGUGGCGAUGAAAAGAUCUGGCUUUGUGUGACUCCACCCGCAAUGGAAAUAAUGUUGUUUCUGUACAAAAUAGAUAUUAAUUUGACCAAAUAUUGAGGUACCUACACAUUGUCAUUUAUUUCUUUUUAGAUGAGCGAGGUUAUCAAUAUCAUGUUAUGUCAGUGUACCACUUCCUGUGCAAUAGGCAAUCAUUUUAUACUUGACUUUACUUUGAAUGUAUAUUCAGCAGAUAAUGUAGAUUCAGCAGUUUAUGUAAUGUAUUUCUGUACAUCUUUGUAUGCCUUCAAAUGCUUUUUAUGUGCAAUAAUUGUUUACAUUGAAGAUAAGCUUAAAUUGUAUUGUGAGAAAGAGUGUCUGUAAAAUAUACACAGAAGCGAACAAAGUUUUAAAUGUGCAUUUAUACCUACCACAGAAAAAUAAAAAAUAAAGCCAGCAAUCCUUACUGUGUCUGUCCUUGGGAAAUCAUCUCUGGUAACCAGUUUGGUAUUCCAGAAGAAAACAGAUUAUAUUUCCAAAUGCUUUGUUUUCUACACACAUUAACUUUAUGCUGGCAGUUGUGGGAUCUGGCAUAAACAAUUUACAGAACUUUCACUCAUAUAAAUAUAAAUACAUAAAUAUUUGUACCUUUGCUUCUCUCGAAAUACAUUGCAUCACUCGCAAAAUGUCUUAAUCAUCCUGAAAGUCAUAAAGUGUAAAAUAGAUCUUAUAAGAGAAGAAAACAAAGAUGGAAGUAUAGAACAUGCAAGUAUGCCAAUAUAAUUGUAAUUUAUGCGAUACGUAAGCUGAUUUUAGGUAUAGGAGUGUGUGUAUUUCCAAUGCAUUUUAAGUGUAUUAAUCAGUUAUGAUGUAAUAAAAUUGGCUGCAACAAUU